AUGACCGAUAAUUUCGAUGAAUUAUACAUGAAUUUGAGGUGGCGUAACCAGUUUGGGAAUAUGAGUGUGCUGCCAAGACAUGUUCAACAAGAAAUAGACUGUAGCAAAGGAGUUUUACAGCGAUAUGAUGAAUUCCAACAGCAGCUGAAGCGUGGGCAGCUGAAUGAGACAACCAGCUUGGUUAAAUUUGAUAGCGGAAGUCAAAAAUCGGCUCAGUUGCUUGAUAAAGUGUAUCAGGAACAAGCAGGUAGUAAUAUUCUAGGCAGACAGCAACAAGUUCUUCUACAGAGACCAGACUGGCAUGCGCCUUGGAAGCUGAUGAGGGUCAUCAAUGGCCACCGAGGGUGGGUUCGAUGUGUGAAGGUUGAUCCAGUAGAUAAUGAAUGGUUUGCAACCGGGAGUAAUGAUUCUACUAUCAAAGUUUGGGAUCUUGCCUCAGGGAAGCUGAAGGUGACACUACAAGGGCAUAUAAUGACCGUAAAAGAUAUUGCAAUAUCUACCAGACAUCCAUACAUGUUUUCAGCCAGUGAAGAUAAACUGGUGAAAUGCUGGGAUUUGGAAAAAAAUAUGGUAAUUAGGGACUUCUAUGGAACGCUAUCAGGGGUUUAUUCUGUAGAUGUACACCCAACGUUGGAUCUGAUUGUAUCUGCAGGAAGGGAUUCUGUGGUUCGUAUAUGGGAUAUCAGAAGUCGAACCUGUGUAAUGACACUAGCAGGCCAUAAAGGACCUAUAAAUAAGGCAAGGUGUCUAGCGGUAGAUCCUCAAGUUGUAAGUUGUUCUACUGAUGCGACAGUAAGACUCUGGGAUAUUACCGCGGGCAAAACUAUAAAGACGUUAACGCAUCAUAAAAGAAAUGUGAGGGAUAUUACGUUCAAUCCCGCCGAAUUCUCGUUCACAACUGCGUGCACAGACGAUAUAAGAUCCUGGAUGCUCCCAAAGGGCCAGCUACUAACGAAUUUCCAGUCCGAUUCUCUUGGCAUUAUUAACUCUCUCUCUUGUAACCAAGAUGGCGUAUUAUUUGCUGGAAGCGAUGAUGGCCAUCUUUCUUUCUUUGACUACAAAAGUGGACACAAGUACCAAUCUACACAAACUAUAGAGGUCCCUGGUUCCCUGGAGAGUGAAAGGGGCAUCUUAGCUAGUUGUUUCGAUGCUACAGGCUUGCGCCUAAUUACUUGUGAAAGAGACAAGAGCAUCAAAAUAUGGAAUCAAGACGCUGAUGCGUCGCCAGAAACGCAUCCUUCACUUCCCUGGGAUCCAACGAUAGUCAGCCAAAGAUUUUAG